AUGGACCAAGACUCACUGACAGAGUGGCUUGUAUCAGGCUAUGCAUGGGUCAUUCUGCAUUAUUAUAUGUUUUCUGCCAUAUUGGAGCCUCAACAGUCAACUCAAUAUGAAUUCAUAUCCUGCAGAGGCCAUGCAUGGCCAACUUCCCAAAUGGGCAGGGGGCUAACCAUAUAUGGCAAUUUUAGCCUCUCAUACAUGCGGAACUGUGUAGUACAAGCAUCAUACACACACCAAGAUCUGCUUAUAUGCCUUAGUAUCAUCACUUAUGAUGUAUACAAGGAGCAUGCCACGGAGAAGCAAUACAUGGGUAUUUAUUUGGGUAUUUUCUGCAUUCAAUGGGGCUCUAGCCGAAAUUCCGGCCUGUCGACGACUCCGCUUCGGCAACGAGCGCUUAAACGGGCGCUUAGUAAGCGAUUUGGUUGGAGCUCAGUCACUGACAAGGUAGGGGUGUUUCUCUACAUUUUGAAUUUUAUACAUGGGCAAGCCAUACUGGUCAUAGCCUCUGUGGAUCAAUUUCUUACAUACAGCAGGUACUACAAAGAUUACUUUGGGAAUUUUCCGCAUUUUAGUGGGACCACAGUACAGCAGGUACAGUGCCACAAGGAGCCUGUGGCUGAGAUUCAAACUCAGCCCAAAACCUCGGCAGCCUGCCUGAUUAGGGCAGAAAAGGGGCCGUUGCACCAAUCAGAGCAGCUCGGCAUCUCUCUCAUGCCGUUCGGAGGUGCAACCGUGCCAAAUUUCUGCACGGAUGCACCUCCGAACGGCAUCUGGGCGCUUAUCGGGCGCUUAACCCAGGAAAAAGCGGAACAAUCAGAGAAUAUUGGAGAUGGACCAGGGAAUGUGAUUGAAUCUGUCUAUGAGAUAUGA